CCUGUCACCAUCUUGGACAUCGGUCCAAACGAUUAGCCAAACAAGGGAAGUUCGCAAUGUAAGCCCCUCAGCCCUCGUUUUUGAUUGAGUUUGCGAGUGUACAAUUAUGUUCACGUCGGGGCCUGAAACGCCCCAUAUUUUAAUUCCCAAUGAUUGUACAUCCACUAAGAAAAGUCAGCUGAAACUUAAAACCUCAUCGUCAAUAUGGAUAAGUCAACAUACAAGUAUUCAUGCCAUUAUUAUAUCCCACGUGGAGAUCCCUUCUCCAUCCCUCUGAAUUCCAAUGACUUGAGUUCGAAAGAAUUAACCUGGAAACACAAUGAUAAAGUUAUCUUAAAAAGAAAGAAUGGAAAGUUCAAACCAGGCAAGUCUGAGGACAUCUCCAAUGAUGGGUCUCUUCAGCUCAAAGACCUGAAGUUGGCAGAUAAAGGUACUUAUAAAGCAGAGGUGUUCAACAGCGAUGGGACAAUUGUCACUGAGAAGUCCUUCAUACUGUGUGUGAUGGAAAAGGUCUCCAAGCCCUCAGUGAAAAUAACCUGUUCUAAUAAGGACAUCAUCUUUACCUGUACCUUGACCAACAUUGAGGGAGUGACUUUCCAGUGGAACCAGAACGGAAAUCCCAUAGAUAAGAAAACAGAGCCAAAUUUGACCAUCCCUCUGAAACCACAGAAAAAGCCAGACACCUUCACCUGCUCUGCAGUCAACAAGGUCAGCAAGGAGACAAGUGACGCCAUCAAGCCAAUAUGCAACGCUGUCUCAGACUCAGGAGGUCAUGGUUUACUGUUUGGUUUUGAUUUCUUGACCAUGGUGUGCAUCCUGGCCGGGGGAGGGGGCUUGGUACUCCUCCUCAUCAUCAUCACCUUGGUGUGCUGCUUCCGCAGCCGACGCAAGAGCCAGAUGCGCUUUGAAGAGGAAAGAGAGUUGAGACUAGACCCCCUGACCAAGGCCCAGCAUCCUUACCAACAAGCAGGCCAGACAAAGCAUCCUUCAGACCCAGAGGAGCAGAAGCAAAGGCAGAGACCCCCCGGUGGGGCCCCACCUGGUUCCACGGGCCCCAGGCCCAAUGCCAGAGCCUCCAGCCAGGCCGCACCUCAACCCAGAGCCCAGGCUCGAGGGAGGCCUCCACAGACACCAAUGGAUGACGAUGAGGAGCAGCCCCCACCGCUACCCCAGCCCAGGAAGAAAGGCCCUCACCCCCCCAGGCAAUGAGUCUGGAAACAGGUUUAGCCUAUAUACGUUUUGAUCCAAGGAAAGAAGUUCCAGCAGUCUACAUGUUGAAAAUUAUGUUAUCUAAAGGAUAGAAAAGGAAGGAAAAAAUCCCCAGUGUUCUAUUUUACAAAUGAAUGUAGAUUAUUUUACACUCAUUUUUAUAUAAAUUAUGUUUCAUUGCUUUUAUGUGUUGAGUGUUUAGCGAAAUCAUCCAUAGUGUUUAGCGAAAUCAUCCAUCAUCCCUGUGGUUCAGUUGGUAGAGCAUGGUGUUUGCAAUGCCAGCAUGGUGUGUGCAAUGCCAGGGUUGUGGGUUUGAUUCCCACGGGGGCCAGUACAAAAAAGAAAUAUUUAAAAAAAAAUGCAUGAAAUGUAUGUAUUUACUACUGUAAGUUGCUCUGGAUAAGAGUGUCUGCUAAAUGACUAAAAUGUAGUUUGUAGCAUAUCUAUCCACCUCCUAUUGAAGUAGUGACCUUAACUUGAUGUCUGUGUGGUUGUCAAUAAAAAUGAAAGAAUUACA